AAGCGAGAGUCGUCUGCUAUUUGUUCAUUCCCUCGAUAGCGGCGAUAUGUUUUGACGUAAUACUGUUCGCUUUGGGCCUCUAGCUAAGAACAUUAUGAGACUCCGAGCCGUUCUGUAGGCUUCUAGCCCAAUCGAUUUCCAAAAGGUCACGGCUAGCAUUUUGUAGCACGAGUGUGAAGAGUCUUCCCCAGAUGUAUGCGAUUUGGACACAGUGGGAUGGCAAGAUCUGUAAUGAGAGGGCGACUAGGCUUGAAACGUGCUAUGCGAUAAGUUGGCGGAGAACUAUUACUGUUCGAGUUGAGGCGUAUUCAAGCCGUGUAUAGUAACUGUUCCACACGGAGGAGUUUCAAGUUGUCGUCAUAACCGCAUUGCGUUGGUGGCGAUAUGGGAAAUGUUUCCUUGUUGGACCAGUAAGCAUUCUUCUCGGUAAGGGAUUAAUUCCGAGUCGCUUUACAAGCCGGAACUAUGUCAAACUUGAAUCUUGAAUAUUCUUGAGCUACUUUCUGUGGCGUUAUUAUCCUUUGGCGUGAUCUCGAUAAACGCCACGAUGUAUAACCACAAGGAACAAGGUAAAGGCAUACCGCCAUUAGCCAUGGGGUUGGUGGAUCAGCGGAAAGCUCAAUACCCCGGAUACCCCCCUGUACAACAGCCCCACCCCGAGACUGCUUCCUUGUCCAGGGGUUCGCUUGUUCCCGGGGUGACUCAGUCUAAGAUUGUCCCACCACUUGCUUAUGCCACAACACAAGGACAUAAUUCCAGCCUGACGUCACAGAGCAGCUCAUUGUAUUACUAUGGCAACAGUGUAUCAUCGGAGGCCAGUUCCCGAUUCCCGCGAUCCCAUUCUGGACACUCGGGAACCGUGCAACCCCAAAGUCUUUCUGUGAAUAGUGCCAUCGCUGCGGAAAGUCAGAAACAUGUGUCUUCGUAUGCUGGCGGAUCUAUACAAAAUGGUUUACCUUUGACAAGCAGGACUGACAGAGUGCCACCGUUGACGACUGUCGGAUACCCAUCUCUUAGUCAGCAUCGUGUUCAGUCUUCUCAGCUCGGAGCCAUCGACUCUGGACUUAUUUCAGGAUACCCUAGUUCAAUACAAACUGGAAUACCUCAAAGUGGCGUUCAGAAUCGUGGGGGGCUAACUGGCGUGUUUAAGUUAAAACAGUCUCCUGACUAUAGGCAGCAUAUGCACGAAGCUGCAGCUGUGGAUAAACACAGCCCCGUUGCUAGCCCGAGGUCUUCUGUGUCAGUGUAUCCGGGAUCCGUGGCCAUGGGCUAUCAGACGGGUAGCAGCAUACCCCAGUCGCCUAAACAAACUGGAUAUCCGCAUUCUAGUGCAGUGACUCAGGCAAGUCAGACAAUGAAAAUGCCGAUGCCUGUGCAAUCUAGUUCCAUGCAGAGCGCCAUGCAUGCCAUGAGCAGACAUUCCCCUAUCAGACAGGGCUACCAGGGUCAGUCAAGCCAAUACGGACCUCUACAUAGUCCCGUCGGUUCACAACAACGUCAAGUAUUAAGUGAUAGUGUGUACGGGAUCCCAAGAUCCACUGUCCCAAUGUCUUACAGUCAGACAUCUGCAGCUUCUUCUGAUGCCCUGAGACGGUCAAAUCAAAUUCCCAACCCACCCCAAUCGUCUCAACAUCAUUAUAAUCCAAGCAGCCAACACGCCCCAGUACCACAUAGUGUCGACAAGCGUCAUAGUGUUUAUUCUGUGCCAAGUAACCAGAGUGCUAGACAACUGACUUCAUCCCAAGGUGUGAGUGUUCGUGGACAUGAAUACCCACCGAGAAGGACAGAGACCAAAGAGCCACCAGUGAAGCAUGUGAUGCAGCCUGUUAAAAGUGGAUCUAUACAGACUGGUAUGCCUUUGGAUUUGACUAGUGUUGAUAACAGUCUGAGUGCUGGGGCUGCUUCUGAAAGCCCCUUAGAUUUGUCAGUUAAAACUAGAAAGCGCUGUGCGGAUACUUCUAUAGACUAUGGAUUGUCUGAGACUGAUAGUAGAGGAGUUCCUCCCAUGAAGAAGCCGUGUGUCAAAACUGAUAUUCCUGUGGAUCUACGGUCUAAGGAGGUUGGAAGUAAGGUCUUAAUGACUGCGCCGGCACCUCAAAGACAAAAGUACACAUAUGAUAUUGAAACUGAUCAAAUGUUUGAUAUCAAGCUCCAGCAGAAUAUUUGCCAAAGUAAUGUGUAUAUGAAAGGGAACAAGUAUGCUUAUCAGAGUCAAAGACACGUGCAACCUAAAGUUGAACAUAGUCAGCCAAAGACAGAGCAAAUGCAGAAUAUGUACUAUCCGGCACACGAGGCAAUUGUUUCCCAGGUUGAAAGUUUCCAGAACCAAGGGCCAGUUAAAUCUCCUCUUCGUCAGCAGCCAAAAUACGAGGAACAAAAAACAUGUUAUCCCUCACCUCCUGAAAUAAAUGCAUACCCCAGUCAGACUUCACAGAAGACGACAGUUCCGCAACUCAACGUGUCUAGUCAAAGUGUUGUGUAUUCCAAGGCUACUGGAUUUUAUGUUGACGCAUCUGAUUACAGAAGGGCCAUGUCCUAUAGCCAGAACACAUCUUCAUCAUAUGGAUUAAAGAAUGAUAUACAUACUACGAACUCCUAUCAAAAACCUGUCAGUAGCUAUAUUUCACCUCAGACCAGUCAUCAAAGGCAAUCAGGGACUCAGAGUAGUGUCAGUUCCAGUGCUAACCAUAAACCGCAGCCGCAUCAUCAAAUAUAUCCUACGAUGCAGAAACAGCAACAUCAGCAACAACAGCAACAUCAGCAGCAACAUCAACAACAGCUGCUUCAUCAACGAUCGUUGCAGCAACAUCAGCUCAUGCAACACCCAAUGUCACAUCAUCAUCAUCAACAGCCGCAGCCGCCGCCGCCUCCUCAGCAGCAGCAGCAGCAACAACUGCAGCAACAGCAACAGAGACCUCCACAGAAUCAGUAUUACAGUAAACCAAUAACAACUUCUCAAAGUACAAUAUCUGGCUCACUCUAUAGUCAGAGCAUGAUCACCGCCAAGUCUGCGUAUUAUCCACAGAAGAAGGAAGAGCCGAGAUCUGUGGACAAUAGAUACCAUGAACCAAUCCGAUCUCAUCCAAAUGUUCCCCAGACUAAGCCUUCCUAUGAAAUGAAGCUACCCAGUAGUAAUGGGUACAUUGUUACAACUCAUGACAAGAGGAAUGUCCCCAAGACUCAGAUUAUAAGCACGACACUGUACAAGCCUCCAGUAUCAGAACAACAGGAAGUGCAGAGACGCGAAUCCUCUCAAAUAACUCCCGAAAUUCAAAUCACCGGUGUAACAGCAGCCCCAGCACAGAAGUCCCAAUCUCAACCUGCUGCUGAAACUCAGAAGGAUGAACAGAUGAAUAUGGCCAAGUACACUGAGCCGCUGACAAUAGCUAUACCGACAUCCACCAGCAAUAGUGACCAAAGCCAAAAAGCUGCACCGAAAUCCGUCCCUCGUCCUGGACCACACAAAAUAUUGUCCAAAAAGCAUAGGAUACUAAAUGCUUUUGGCCAAGACGAAGAUCAGAAGCGCGUGGCAACGCACGUACCUAGCUCAAUUCCACAUCACGUUCAUCGUACGAUGGAUGGUGUGUUCAAGAUGCCAACGAUUUCACCUUCAAGUCCAGCUUCUCCAAAAAUGCCCAUUCUUAGCCCGCACGAUAAAAUCCCUCCUCCCGAGGAUGCCUCUCUCCACAAUGAACCACCACAGCUCGAUCCACCAGCAACCCCUGUUAAGAAUAGGCUUGUUGCGGGCGCCGUUGGGGUCCGUGGUGAGAACAUUCAGAGGGCACAGCAAGGAGAUAAAGCUGUGAAGGAUAAGGAUGGAGCGAAGAUUCUUCUGAAACCACCUGCUCCUCCAUCAGUUGAAGCAGCAGCUGAUGGGCAGGUAAGGCCGGGUGAGAAAUAUGUACGGCCGGAGAUUAUGAGAAGGAAUUCGUUGCCCGAGAGGCCAUCAAUGUAUCAGAAAAAUAUCCCCGUUGCCAACGUUGCGCCCUUUGUUCAUUCAAAUAAGGACCAAAUUGGAGCACAUUCCGACUCGACCCAAGUUGUUCCAGAGGACAGUCUGAACACUGAAUCCUCUUCUAGUCAAGGAGAACGUCAGGACAAAGAGGAUUCCACCACAAGGAAUGGAAACAAGCAUCCGCAAUCAAAAUCCACACCGACAAAGAAGCAAAAGCAGGAAACUACAAAGGCAUCGCAAAAGAAAUCUAGUCAAUAUAUCAGAAAGAUUGCCAAGUUGAGUAAAACGACCCCCCGAAAGAGGGAACUCAAGUUUGUGGCAGCUCCCCUGAAGUACAAGCUGUUAAAGGCUACGACGGAAAUUCAGGAAAUGGAAGAAGCAUCCUUAGCUAGGAACUAUAAGAAGCAGGGUCUACGUCCACGACAGAAGCAGGUUCCUGUGAAGAAACCACCAAAGGCUAAGCGUAAGCCUAUGCGGAUGACGAAGAAAGAGAAACUGGAAGAAGCAGGAGACUCAGAAGGAUUUGAGGUGGAGAAACAUAACACACAGAAGGUAGUGAUAGCAGAACCGGCCAAAAAGAAAGAGACUACCACCGUUACAAGGCAGGACAGACCACUUCGGCGAGCAGUCAUAAAGAUUGACAGGAUCGAAGACAGUGCAGACAGUCGUCUCCGACUUGAACAACCGCCAUCCCCGACGAGGAGGACGUUGUCCAACCUGAGCAGAAGGGCUCAAGAGUUGAAGAGGAAAGCUAUCGAUGGACCUCGCAGACGAGGCACUAGGAGGAGGCCUUUACGUGCCCCGUUGGUUCACUGUGGUUUUACAGAUUUUCAGCCUCUGAUUCUACAGACAAGAACACGUAAUCAGUGCACAGGUAGGAGACGUGUCACGCAAUACAACAGAAAUGCCGCGUAUGAGAAGGAGCUCCGGAAGGAUGAGUCGCGAAGGGCGUUGAACCGAGCCAAGCGACGGGCGCGCCUGCGCAGAGUGACUAGACAAGAUGCGUCAUAUCCGGAAGACGAGGAGUAUGACGACGAAGAUGACGACGACACUGAUGGAUGUUGGGAAAUCUCGAAGUCGAGUCAACGUCAGGCCGUUGGUCGAAGUAAGGGUGGUCUGAUGAUGAAACUGUAUUACAGAAGUGGACAAGAUACCCUGCCCACGAGAGGCCGUCGUACGAGACAUGCGCAAGAAUUCAUUGGCCCUGAAUGUGAGCGUCAGUCACCGAAGCUGCCGCGAGGCAAAGCUAGACCCCGCGGGAAGAUGAAGACCAAAGGCAAAUUUCAAAGUCAGUUCGAACAGUUCUUGAGGCAGGACCUAGGAUCAGAAGGAGAUCUGUUGGACGAUUCUUUCGCACAUUUUGGCGAUGACGAGGAAUCGACAAUGUAUCUUGUUCAGUCCGACGAUGCAAACGGAAGUGUGAUGUCGUAUCCUAUUCCGCCGGAAAUGAAGAAAUUGGCGAUCAACAAAAAUUCCGGCGAGACUCUGUUACACCGCGCAGCCCGCUUGGGAUAUGAGGACGUGGCCUUGUACUGCAUACGUACGCACACAGUCCAAGUUAAUGCGCGAGACAAUGCGGGAUACACCUCACUGCACGAGAGUUGCGUGAAGGGCAACAUCAACGUCGCACGUCAUCUCAUUGAACAUGGUGCGGACGUCAACUGCUGUUCUCAGGAUGGUAUCAGACCAAUUCACGAUGCUGUUGAAAACGACCACGUAGAAAUUGUCCGCCUUCUCCUGUCGUGUGGCGCCGACCCAAGCAUAGCUACGUAUGGCGGCAAGACCCCGAUAAAGAUAUCUCACUCGCCCGCCAUGACAACCCUGCUCAAAGGAUACUUUGGAGACAUCAAUGGAUUUGACACUGAGAACGAAGAAACGCCAUGGGAAUUCAACGGUACAUCCGUAUCAUGCGAUGCUGCGGAGGGCAAGGGGUUUGACAUUUUUGCUGACGUGCCCUCUGACCCGGAAGACGAGACGGACGACCUCUUUGACGUGGAGAUGACGUCAGCGAUCCGAACCUAUGACCUCCACCUUGAAAGCGCAGACAGACUGGACCGCUAUGUAUGUGUUCGAGACGCUAUGGCCGAUUUCCGCAUGUCCAAGGAUGAUAUGAAGAAGAUAUGCGGAAACACGGUUCAGCUGCACAAGAUAUCAGCUGGAGCUCUGUGUAAAUCAGCAGAACACAACGUACUAACAUUCUGCCACCAGAAUGUGUCGCCAGUCGAGCUCAUGAACUUCCGAGAUUACAAAACGCUGGAGCCAAAAAUGAUCGAGCAUUUGAAGAGGUCUGCGGACAGCACGAAAGUCAAAAAGGCCAAACCGAAAAAGAGGCCAUCGACGCCAUCGAAGAAGCCGCGCAAAUCGAAACAGUUGGUCGAAUCCUCCGAUAACGAGAGCGAUGCGACGAUAGACUUCGGCAGUCCGUUUAACAGCGACGACGAGAGCGUCGAUUAUAUGGAUCUGUACUCAUUUAAUGAUUUUGAACAUGAAACCACAAACACGGAACAGAAGAAGCCCGUGAAAUUCACGUGGAAACAGGAGUUAUGCGUUCAGUUGAAGAAGGAAACGUUUCCUCGAGUAGAGACUCCUAAGCCUCGACGGAAAUCAACGGAGAACACGAAAAACGAGAAACACGAACCAAACAGUGCCGGAAAACCGGAAGCGCGUCAUCCCUUGAAACCGUCACUGAGUCAUGCGUCCAAGUCGGAUUCCAACGUUUUGUUCAAGACGAAACUAAGUAACUCGUCCAAAUCUAAAAGUGACCCAAACCAGUUCAGUGGGAAAAGUCUACACUCAUCUAAAAUGCGAAUUCGUGAAAAUGCGUCAAUUGACGCGACCAAAGCUUCUAUUAAGGCUCAAAGUGAACACAUUUAUUCGUUUGACGAACAUGACAAUAUGUUAGCGGCCGGAGAGGAUCAAGAGAUUAGUUUUCCACGCAUGGACCGCCUGCUCUCGGAAAGGGGAGACAAACACGGCCUCCGUAAGGAACGGAGUGUGGACUGCAAGAAAGGGCUGGAGAAAUCAUUUAGGACUAUUAUGAGCAAUUCCAAGGAGGACCACUUCCGUUUCAAAAUUGGGGCGGUCUCACAAGACUCUCACGAGAACUCGCGAGGUUCUCACACCGGAAGUGACACAUCCGAUACGAUACAAGCGCCCAACAACUUUAAAACGUGAGAUCGCAAGCAGCGAUGUGAUUAAGCAUUUAGAAACACAAGCACAAUUGCCCGUUUGAAUAUAAUUGCAUUUCAAGACCAUUUCGGCCGAAUUGAUCAUUCCCUUGUCGCGGAAUCAAUACAUUUCUGGUCGCCAUGGAUACGGUCGUCGUCCUAGCGUUUUGCGAUGGCGACUGCCUGUGAGGAUAUUAAUACCGGCGCUCGGUGAUCGACGCGUAAUAAAUGAAAUAGAUGCUUUUAAUCGAUAUCUUGGCAUUCGAUAUUGUUUGCUCUUGACAGGUGAUUGACAGCAAUAUGUGAUUAUUGUUCCGCUUGUGAAUAGCCGCCAACUGGAUAUAUAUCUGUGAAAUUGGACAUCUUGUGAUCUCAUAAUGGUAUUACCUAUAGCAUGUGUGAAAGAAACUUAAGCAGUGUAAUGUGACUAUGAGCAUCUGUACUGAUUGUUUGGUAUGUUCAUUCCUAUUGUGGUGAAUGCUUUCGAUGCAAAUGUCACUCUAGUUCGUUGACAACGAUUCGUAGUUUAUCCUCCGUUUCUUUCAAAUAAGGAUUACAAUUGAGUUUUGCGAAAAAUAUACAUCUUGUUGCUGCCUGUAAGAGAGAUUCAAUUGUGAUUUCAUGUCAAAUAUAUUGAAGUAUUAUGAUUGUUGAAUUCUAUGAUAUGAUGCAUUUCAAUUGUUAAUUUCACAUUUGAAAUGGAGAUCUCUUCACACCGGCCACAAGAGGGCUCGGUGGAUAAUUGUGUCGUUGUUUUGAUAAGUUUUUAUUGAAUCUGUUAUAUUAAAUGGCAUAAUGUUCAUGACAUAAUCCGUUGACACUUUCAAAAUGGUCGUUCUAAGGAUGCUGGCCAUAUCAUUCACAUCUGGUCGACGCAUAUUUAUAAUUGACGUUAAGAACGAAGUCGAUAUGUUACGCACCUAAAUACAUUGUGUUCCGUUUUAACAUUCAGGGUUUAUCGCCGCGAUCACUGUUAUCAGUAAAACAGAAAAAAACACUGUUUGAGUAUGUCUAACUUAUUUCAUUUAGAGUUCAUCGUGAACCGUGUUUUAUCUUGUUACGAUAUGUUUAAUUUGUUAAUAUUGUGCUAAAGAAGUCUGAGUUACCUCCCUUGUUUUUGGCGUCAGUUGCUAUGUAGUGAAUAUUGAUGGGAUUAUCCUAAAUACACGAGUUGAUAUACUUUUCAAGAAUUCAUUCCAAACACAUUGUCUUCUGAUGAGAAUCAAUUUAUGGUUGAGGGCAUUUAAAGCUAUCGACCAGAACGUCGUUUUCGUCAACGCGCUGUGUGGAGCUUGGUGUUGUUAUGUUACUAUGACCUUGCACUGUUCGGAGUUUGUCAGUUUGAUGAAUAUAUAGACGGAUGCCACGACCCAAUGUUCUGGAUGAUCAACGAAUGGGAAAAAAGGAUUAGAGUAGCUAGUGCCGUCCAUUUUGUUUGUUUUACGUGCUCAUAUGCGAUACUAUAUUCUGAAUGGUAACCCUGUUUGCAUAUGUGUUCAAUGUCACGUUACAAAGUGUUAAGUAUGGCAGUGAAAAUAAACCGAUUUGUUCUA